AGAGGGAAACGAAACGAUAAAUCAAUUUCUAGCAAGUCAAUUCCUAUCUGUCAAUCUUCUUCGCAUUUUAGAGGGAGAAAAUGAGACUCUUUAGAGAGAGAGAGAGAGAAAAAGUAGGCAAGAAAGACGGUCACUGACUAAAUAAAAGAUCACUCACUCACACACCCUUUCAAGAGAUCUCAUCGCCCGAUCUUUCCUUCCUUCCUUCCUUCCCCGCCGGUAGCUCUUAACUUGCUUAAGAUACAAUGGGUGCUUCUGGGAGAUGGAUUAAAGCAUUGGUUGGUUUCACCAAGUCUGAUAAGUCAAAGUCUAAAAAGAAGGAUGAUAAUGUAUGCUCUUUCAUUACCUAUAGAAUCUAUUUAUCUAAAUGCCAAUUGCUGGUUAGAGAUGUAUACUUUCUUCAUUAUAUGUUUGUUCAAUUGGCGAAGGUGAAGACUGCAACCAAGAGCCGGUCUGGGAGAAACCAUUCUGUUGAUUUUGAUGCUGAAAAGUUUCAACUUGGAUUUGAAGAUUCCAAUACGCAUAGCAGCAUGUUAGAUAAUGGGGUCUCCACUUCAACUUCUUAUGGUGCUUCUAAUGAAGAACAAAGGAAGGAGCAUAUGGCUGCAACUCGGAUUCAAACAGCUUUUCGAGGAUUCCUGGCUAGAAGGGCUUUACGAGCAUUGAAGGGAUUGGUUAGACUUCAGGCCCUUGUUAGAGGACACGCGGUGAGAAAGCAAGCUGCUGUAACGCUUCGAUGCAUGCAAGCGUUAGUAAGAGUUCAGGCUCGUGUUCGCGCAAGACGUGUUCGUCUCGCCUUGGAAAGUGAAACGGGUCCGCAGAUUCUUCAGCAACAGCUUGCAGAUGAAGCCAGGGUUCGAGAAAUAGAGGAAGGUUGGUGUUAUAGCAUUGGUUCUGUUGAACAAAUCCAAGCCAAGAUACUAAAGAGGCAGGAAGCUGCAGCUAAGCGUGAGAGGGCUAUGGCAUACGCUUUGACUCACCAGUGGCAAGCAGGAACUCGGCAGUUAUCUGCGCACAGUGGUUUUCAGCCUGACAAAAACAACUGGGGAUGGAACUGGCUAGAAAGAUGGAUGGCUGUUCGUCCAUGGGAGAAUCGGUUUCUUGACAGCAACCUCAGGGACGAUGCCAUAUUAGCUGAAAACAAUAUGGAGCUGUCUGAGAAUGUUGUGCAUAAAACUCAGAUGAAGAUUGCAAGCAAGAUUCCAAACACUUCAAAUCUUGCGUCCGGUGUUUCGAGUCAGAAGGUAACCGGGCCAUCUCUGUCAGAUGGUAAUUCGUCUUCACCUGGAAUAUCUUCAAGCAUGCCGGUGCCAGUGGUGUCCAAGGAUAGGUCAAAGCUCGCUAAAGACGAUCUUGCUGUAGAAGUUGUUAACUCAAGACCUGGUGCUGGUCCAAGAUCACACAGCAAUCCAAAAGAAAGAUCAAGAGCGCCAGAUAAAGCUUCUAAGGAGCGGUUAUCUCUGCCAAACAGUGGAAAAUCCUUGGGACCUCAGUCAGCUAAAGCCAAAUCUUCCCAAAACCAGAAAAGACGCAACUCCGAUCCAAUAAAACAGAGGCUUGCAUAGCCCUGGCUAGAGUCUCUGAGAAUCGUCAGUCCAUCUAUCACUCCCAUCGUUCCUGUACAUACACAGCUUCUGAAAAUGGAAACAAAAAAAAAAAGAGAAAAAGAGGAUAUCAUGUGAGAAUACAAUGGGUUACAUUCAGACUUGCUUGGUGGUACAUUGAUCAGGAGAGAACACCAUCGUCUUGGCGUCUUUCUGCUUUCAUUGUUGUUUGUUAUUUACGUGUCAGCCAUCCUUUUUUGUCCAUGAUUCUUAAAUGGAUUGGUAAGUAAUGUUAUUAUUAUUCAAGUAAAGUUGUUUGGGGUAUAUCUUGUGAGACAGUUUUAUGUUGGGAGGACGGACCAUGCUUCUCAUGGCCUUCCCAAUGUGAUAUAUAUAGUGUGUUGUAUUUGGUAUA